AUGCACUGGGAUGCUUUUUGCGCGAUAUGUGGCUCCACCUUCGCGUACUCAUUCACUCUUCCGAUAAGCUUCGACGAAAAUAGCAAAUUGUCGUACAGCAAAAAAGUGAUUGGGAACAGUGAUCUUCAAUGGCUAUCAAAGCUUCGUGCCCUUGGCUACAAUGCCAAAAGCACCGCAGAGAGAAAAUCUUUUAUCACCGGCCCGGGCCAAUACGAGGACCAGGGAAUGAUUGAGGCGGAUGCAGGAAAAGACCCGAAUUUUCCCGUUGAUGAAGGAGGCGAGAUGCCCAUGUUAUUCGCAUAUGUCAAUCCUGGCUGCCCCGGGGCUCAAGUCGUCUUUCCCUUUCAUGAGGUCUGCUACGACAAAAUCCUUCGCCGAUGUUUCAAAAAUGAAGUGAUCAAUACAGACGUGCUUCAUGCAGUCUUUGAAGAAAAGGGUGCAGGAGCUUGGAACUGCCUGGAGUUGGAUUACGGCAGCCCCCAGCCGCCUUGUGGCAAUCACUGGGAAUGCAUAAGAGGACAAGAGGCCCUAGUGAUGCAUCCAACUAAGAUACCCGAACUGAUGAAGCCUCCCUACCGAACAAUCAAAUCUUUCUUCAGCUGGGGGAAAAAAGCAGAUGUUGAAUCUCAACACAGCCAAGACAUAUUCCACAAGCUUCCCAAUGAGUUACGCCAGAAGAUACUCAAUCUUCUCCCUGUCCAAUGUGUGCUUGCCCUCAAAGCUGCAUCUUUUUCGAUGCAUGUUUGUCCAGAUAUAUCCUUGGAUAAACGACUUGAAGCUGAUAUGCCUUGGCUUUGGGAGAUGUAUCUUGAAGGUGUGGAUCUGGUUAAAUCACAGGCUGCAGAGGGCGAGUUUUCCAAGGCCCUUACAUUGAUGGAAAAAGACAGCCGGUACACAGAAGGAAAUUGUGAUUACAUUCCUGGACUGGUGAACCGCAGACGUAUCUGGGGGGUUUGUGAAGAAAUAAAGAGGCUGUACUAUGAAAAACUGGCUGAAGUGGGAGGCUCGCAGUCUCAGACCAGGCAGGACUAG